GUGGCGUGAGCCUGGCCGGAGCCCUUGGGUGAAUCUGUUAGGCGUGGAGAGGGAGUGAUGUCUUCCAGGCUCGGUGCAGUACCCGCCACUCCGGGACCCACGACCUUUAAGCAGCAGAGGAGCACGAGGAUCGUGGGAGCGAAGAAUAGCAGGACCCAGUGCUCCAUAAAGGAUAAUAGUUUCCAGUACACUAUUCCUCACGAUGACUCCUUAAGCGGCUCCUCAUCUGCUUCAUCAUGUGAGCCAGUGAGUGAUUUCCCAGCAUCCUUCCGAAAAUCUACCUAUUGGAUGAAGAUGAGGAGAAUCAAGACAGCUGCAGCGUCCCAUGUUGAAGGGUCAGGUGGAAUAUCAACCAAAGGUAAAAGAAAACCCAGGCAGGAAGAAGAUGAGGACUAUCGAGAAUUUCCUCAGAAGAAGCAUAAGCUUUAUGGGAGGAAACAACGGCCUAAAACUCAGCCUAACCCCAAGUCCCAGGCUCGUCGUAUUCGGAAGGAACCCCCGGCUUAUGCAGCAGGCAGUUUGGAGGAGCAGUGGUACUUAGAAAUCGUGGAUAAAGGCAGUGUCUCCUGCCCUACCUGCCAGGCAGUGGGGAGGAAGACCAUAGAGGGCUUAAAGAAGCAUAUGGAGAACUGCAAGCAGGAAAUGUUUACUUGUCAUCAUUGUGGGAAACAGCUUCGUUCACUCGCAGGGAUGAAGUAUCACGUCAUGGCAAAUCAUAACAGCUUGCCCAUUUUGAAGGCUGGUGAUGAGAUAGAUGAGCCAAGUGAGAGGGAGCGGCUCCGAACAGUUUUGAAGAGACUGGGCAAGCUCAGGUGCAUGCGGGAGAGUUGCUCUAGUAGCUUCACCAGCAUCAUGGGAUAUCUGUACCAUGUCAGGAAGUGUGGCAAAGGGGCUGCAGAGCUGGAGAAGAUGACCCUGAAAUGUCACCAUUGUGGAAAGCCAUACAGGUCCAAGGCUGGACUAGCCUAUCACCUGAGGUCAGAGCACGGGCCUAUCUCCUUCUUUCCAGAGUCAGGGCAGUCAGAAUGCUUAAAGGAGAUGAGCCUGGAGUCAAAAGGUGGGGGCCGAGUUCAGAGGCGUUCUGCCAAGAUAGCAGUCUACCACCUGCAGGAGCUAGCUUCUGCUGAACUGGCCAAGGAAUGGCCUAAGAGGAAGGUGCUUCAGGAUCUGGUGCCCGAUGAUCGGAAGUUAAAAUACACUCGUCCCGGGCUACCUACCUUCAGCCAGGAAGUCCUGCACAAAUGGAAGUCAGAUAUUAAGAAGUAUCAUCGCAUUCAGUGUCCUAACCAGGGUUGUGAGGCUGUCUACAGUAGUGUUUCUGGCCUUAAAGCUCAUCUGGGCUCUUGUACAUUGGGAACCUUUGUUGCUGGAAAAUAUAAGUGUCUUCUAUGUCAGAAAGAAUUUGUAUCAGAGAGUGGUGUCAAGUAUCAUAUCAACUCUGUCCACGCUGAGGACUGGUUCGUUGUAAACCCAACAACCACCAAAAGCUUUGAAAAGCUGAUGAAGAUAAAGCAGCGGCAGCAGGAGGAGGAGAAGCGGAGGCAGCAGCACAGGAGCAGAAGGUCUCUGAGACGGCGGCAGCAGCCAGCCAUGGAGCUGCCUGAGGCAGAGCUGAGUCUUAGAGCAGGGAAGGGUCAGAGGAGGAGUAAUGAGGAACUGCUAGUGUCAACCUCCUGUAAGGAAGCAGAGCAGGAGGCAGUGCCAGCACAGUUCCAGAAAGUAAAGCUCUCAAAGACGAAUCAUAAACGAGGAAGGAAGUAGACAGUCAGUGAGAAGCGCUCCCAGGAGCGUGGAUGUGGUGCUGCCGUCACAGGCACCCGUGCUGGGGGUCGGGUCGUGGGGCUGGUGAGGAGACUACUCUUUCAGCUGUCGAAGACUGUGACCUUCUCAGCUCCUUCCUCCAGUGUAAAUUUCACUGUUUUCCCUCCUUAUUCUCUGUCACCCCCUUUUGCUCCCCCACCCCCUUUGGGUAGGUUUCUCUGCUAUUCCUCAUUGAAGUCCUCUUGUUUUUCCUUAUUGUGCCCAAAGAGUCCCCUCUUAAGGUCAACUAUAGGCUCCUCUUGCCCUGUGUAAGACUAAAAACCUUGUUUGGUUGUCCUUUCCUUCCUGGGGUGUAGAAUGUUCUCGGAAGCUCCAUUGACUUAGUAGUCACUCCAUCAUCUAGAUUGUGAAGUAAUUCCAAACUAAUUUCUUAAAACUAAGGCUGAUUUACCAUUUUGUAUUUGUGAUAUAAUAAGCCUACAAGCUAGGACUGUUGUCCAUCAUGUAAUGGGGUUACUGGCUCCUUGGAAAGCAAACUUUAUUGAGAUUUUGUUCUCUCCAUAUGGUUUAGGUUUGAAAGUAAGAAAAUGGGUUUUAGGUUACAAAAGCUAGAAGCGCCCUACAUUGGUGUGACUGGGAUGCUUUACCUCAACAGGCAAUGACUAGAACCAUAGGUAUGACAAGCAGGUGUAGGAGGAAUGUGUCCCAAUGUUAAACAUGACCGGAAAGAAGAAAAUAGAAAAAGCAAUAAAUACCACCUCUGCUCUCCGAGGGCUUGAUGCUUCAUCUGUUGCUAUGGUCAGUGCCCUUCCGUAGCUGUUUUGUCCUGCGGUUUUAAGGAUUGAGAAAUACCGUGUUGGCUCUGACGUUUUGACACAGUACCCUGUGUUCCUGAUCGUGCCACUAAGAUUGGUAGCCAGGGUCCUUCUCCCCUGGACUUGACCUCACUUGUUAGUCUGCACCCGCUGAACCCUGUCCCACCCUUUAGCCAACCCCUGUCUCUGAAUUUUCUGAUAAUAUUGUCCUCUGUGCCCUUUUAUAUGUGGAAUUGUAUCUUCUUUAUAUCCUGAGACUUUGGCACCAGAUGUAGAUAUUUAUCUGGAGUUGGAAAGAAAAAUUCUUUUUUCUGUACCUCAUGCCUGCCUGGUAAUGUGUGAUGGGCUACUUCUCUUUGAAGCUGACCUUCUCUGGAACCUUGGUUAGAGCAGCUCUGUUGUUGUGUUUCUGGAUUCUCUUCCCCUUUUUCAUAAAUAUUGGUCUUAUAUAUUUCUGUGAAGCAAGGGGCCCUUAGCCCUGGAUAUGGACAAGUACUACCUUCAAAUUCUGAAUGACUGUUACUAUUCCUAUCUCUUCUCUGCACUCUUCCAUAUAGCUUUAAAAUGUGGGCUUUUGUGAAGACCACUUUCAAACAAGGGAACAUUGAAACCUGAUUUGAAUACUGCCAGAAUAGGUAUUUUUGAAACAAGUGAAGGAUGUGGUAUAUCCAUUCUGUAUUUCGUUGGCAGUUUCACCCUUAAAGCCCUUUCAGUAGAUGAGGAUUGUCAGGGAGGAGAAAUGAAGAAACUGUGUUAAUUUCUGGUGAGUAAGACUUGGGAAUGUUUGGCAAUGACAAGAAUAAAUGGCUC